AGCGUUUAAAUUCAGAAGUUCAUUGUAGAUUUCAUUCUGACAGUCAGGUCACCAGGAGCACAAUGACAACAUACACAGAUAAAGGCAAAAAGCAUGAGCAGGGCAGGUUCCUCUGCUUUGAUCACUUGACAUUCUGGGUUGGAAAUGCUAAACAGGCUGCAUCAUAUUACUGUAACAAGCUGGGAUUUGAGCCUUUGGCUUACCAGGGUUUGGAGACAGGCAGUCGAGAAGUGGUGUCCCAUGCAGUCAAACAAGACAAGAUCAUUUAUGUUUUCACUUCUGCCCUCAAUCCUGGAAACAAAGAGAUGGGAGAUCACUUAGUCAAGCACGGGGAUGGAGUGAAGGAUAUUGCAUUUACAGUGCAGGACUGUGACUUCCUUGUGCAGAAAGCCCGAGAGCGAGGUGCAGUUAUUGUAAAGGAGCCCUACACCAUGGAGGACAAGUAUGGUAAAGUCAGGCUGGCUGUGCUUCAAACGUAUGGUGACACCACACAUACGUUUGUGGAGAGGACAGGAUACAGUGGGUUGUUUCUGCCGGGCUUCCAUCCCUCUCUCUUCAAGGACCCUUUAUUAGCCAAACUACCAGGUGGGAAACUGAACUUCAUUGAUCACGUUGUGGGAAACCAGCCAGAUGAUGAGAUGGUUCCAGUGGUGGAAUGGUACCAGAGAAACCUUCUCUUUCACCGCUUCUGGUCAGUGGAUGACAAGCAGCUGCAGACAGAGUUUAGUGCCCUGCGCUCCAUUGUUGUGGCAAACUACGAGGAGACCGUGAAGAUGCCCAUCAAUGAGCCUGCCAUGGGGAAGAGGAAGUCUCAGAUCCAGGAGUAUGUGGAGUACUAUGGAGGUCCAGGAGUGCAACAUAUAGCCAUGAAUACAUCAGAUAUCAUCACUGCAAUUCGUAACCUAAAGGAGCGUGGGAUGGAGUUUAUGUCUGUGCCAGACACCUACUACGACCAGCUGAGGGAGAAACUGAAACACUCGAAGGUCAAAAUCUCAGAGGACCUGGAUGUCCUGCAGGAGCUGAAGAUCUUGGUGGACUACGACGACAAUGGCUAUUUACUUCAGAUCUUCACCAAGCCAGUUCAGGAUCGCCCCACUGUGUUCUUGGAAGUCAUUCAGAGACAUAACCACCAGGGCUUUGGUGCAGGAAACUUCAAGUCUCUUUUUGAAGCCAUCGAAGCAGACCAGCAUGCUAGAGGAAAUCUGACUAUCCUGACACCAAAUGGAGUUUCAAAGAACAUGUGAUCUCAGUGUUAUAAUUGCUUUAGUUCUGGAAAGUCUCAAUGAAUUUCAACUAUGAAAAGACAAUGUCUGUUGAGGGCCCUGUUUACUUUUUAGGAGUAUUUUACUAAUAAUGUGCUACAUCAAUGUUCUGAUAUCAUGAGAUACAAAAUAAGAAUGCACAAAGCAUGUUUAUUAAUGCUGUCAUUCUUUAAUGUUUUGUGACUUGCAUGUUUUAUUACAAUGUAACAUUUAUUUUAUACGUAUUUGUAAUCUCAUCAAUCUCAUCUGUUGUUCAUGAAAGAUCGCCAGUUAUCAAGAAGAGUACAUCCCAACUUAACAUUCAUAAUGCAACACUUUCUUUUUAUACAAUGUUAACAAGAAAUCCAAUGUUAUUGAUACAAGCUUGACUCAAGCAAAACACCAUUUAAGCUCUCAUGAAUGAAAACAUUUAACUAUAAACUUUUGUUAUCAUUUGGACAAUGAGGUCAAAAGACAUUUCAUUGUAACAGAGGGCUUUUGCGUGAUGUCUGGAGUGCCCAUUUCCCCCUCCAUGUGGGAAGAGGCAACAAUUGCAAUUUGUGAAACAGUUGUUCAUAAACUGUAAUGUACAAGCAAAUAUUUUUUUUUUUGUAAUGUUGCUUUUGUAAUGAUUUACCAGUGGUUACCAGUGCUUGCAGGUGGUACAUUAUCAUUCCAUGUCAGACCUAAAUUGAUAAAGUAAAGUUCUUGGUCCCA